UAGCAGCAGCCAUCUUAAAGUUGCUUAGGUAGUGGGGUGCAGUAAUAGUCGUAAAAGUACAACGGGAGCGCCUGUGUAUGGUACUACAAUCAUAAACUCAGCGCUACCAUUACUGUCGCGGCCGAAACUGUUGUCGCCUGCAAUUUGCAGACUGCAGCUUCGUCUUGCUGUUACCGCUGCGUGGUGUCUUUCAUCCAUGUUAGUUUCGCGUUGGUUGGUUGGUAAGUUAUGUGUGUAUGUCUGUGUAUGUGUGUGUGUGUGUGUCUGUGUGUGUGUAUGUAUCUGAAGAGAGCUAAGAAACAAAAAACAUCGUCUCUAUUCUGGUGUAUCUAGAAAGGGAUUCGGUCUGAUGGAAACCCAUUAAACUGAAAUUUCAUUUUGCCGGCUUUAGUUUAAACAGAAAUCGUCGUCGUCGUCAUCGUCUUCGUUAUCGUUGUGUGCCAAACAAAAUCGAACAAAAAUCAAAUGCACCGCUCUCAUCGUUGCUCUCACAGUGCGCUUGUGCUUCUAGUUCUGGGUCUGGACGUCGUGUUCGUAUUCGGGGACGGCUGUAACACCGGGUUCGAUUCCAGUUGAUGACACUUACAUUGCGGGGCUCCUCGGGAGCGCUGACGCUGUUGGACAUCCAUCAAAUCAAUUCGAACGCCGUAUAGAUCCGUCGAAAAAAAGGAUAUAGAGAAAAGAUCAGCAGGCGUCGGUGGCAUCUAUGACUGUUAUAUUGCAUCUAUUUUAUGCUUGAGUAACUCUGUGAGCUGGAAACGGGGAUUCCCAAGAGUUAAACUUGAAAGAAUGUACAAGUAUAUUGUUAUCUGAGGACCGCGAAGAGAAAAAGAGUAACUAACAAUGAAAAACGGGUACUAUAUGAUGUCGUGAUGCACGUCAUUGAAAAAGCUACGGUUCAUCUAAUCCUUGUCGUUGGACAGUAGCUAUUUUCCAGGUAUGUGUCUGCAUUUCAAUAUCGCAUAACAUGGUGAACUGUGCAAAUCAUGUUUUAACUCUAGGCAGCUAAUGAUACGUUCAUUUGGUGCUCAUGCAAAAAAACAGCCUGUGAUUUAUAUAACACCGCUUUCAGUGGAGUUAUGCCGAAGUAUAUUUUCAAUGAAUAUUCGCGGUCUACUGCACGAUCAGCGUUGUGCUCCGCUGUGACACACAUAAACAAUUGCAUUAAUAAUCAGUUAAGUCUGAGCCGUAGGGUCUUAAAUGGGAGCGCCCGGCGCUGGUCUCUGUGUGUAGAUGCAGCAGCUUUGUUUUCCAGGUGCUGUUUAAGGUUUAAGAAGACAGGCCGUAGUAAACGAUUGUCACCAUUACCCUCUACAAUGGUAAUAACUCUAUGCACAAACAGUAUGUCUUACUAGAGUAGUUCCUUUCUUCACGAACACUAGAUUGGAAUGUUUUUUUAAUAUUUUCGUAUUUAUUUAAUAAAGUCCGUGUCUCUGUAUUUCAUCAAACCCCUUUGCAACAUAUAUACGAAAUCACCACAAACAUUUUUACUUAGAAAAAAUUUGAAAUUAAAAAAUCUCACCCCUAUCUUUUAGUGUUUGAUACGUAAUAGAAAAAGCGGCCAUAAACUUAACAGACUUGGAAUAAGCCAUACUGCUUCAAGUAAUAGCGCACCAAUUGACGCCAACUUAUGAUGCUGAACCCCAACUUGACCGAUGUGCUUCAAAUGAUGCCGUUUGAUGUGAAAGAGAUUUUCAAAUCACUACGCCUCAAAUCGAAUUAUCUACUUUGAAUGCACCAAAAGGCUCGGAUUAUACACGAAGUCACAGCCGUACCCGCCAUAAGCAUUCUUCCUUUGCACUUACUCAUCUAAAGUAUUCUACUGGGUAUCUUUCUAUCGGAGUAAGGGAAUUAUUAUCGAUGAUUAAUCAAGUCGAUAAAUUUGACAUUAGAUUUCCGCGCUGCACAAUGUUCAACUUACGUCUCGGGCCAUCAAUGCUGCACUAUUAAAACAUGCCAGUGCAAAGAGCUUUUUGAAAGACGAGAAACAAUAUUUCAGUUAAAUCCCACUAGUUGGGUGGAAUUUUAGCUACUUAAUACUUAUGUGUACUACUUUACAUUGAUCUGCAUCUUGCUAAAAGAACUCUUAAAAGCCUUGGCUUGACUUUCAUGAAAUAUUCUCUAUUUUCGAUUGGCACUACUUGGGUAGUAUACGUAGCGCCUUCCAUUGUACCAUUUUAACUAACUUUUUGCAGGUACAUCUGUGCUUGCGUUCAUAUGUUCAUGUGGUCGCCAGGCGAUGCUACACCCUUAAGACUAUGGGGGCUCCCCCAAAAAUGGGUCAACACAACUCCCAACAGCGGCGACUGCCACUCGGUCUUAGCUCGGCUUCUCAACAGGAACUGAGCGCUACGGCCAACCAGGGGCCACAGCGAUCCAUUUCCAAGCCCAAUCGAGCCAGAAUCGUUCCUCCCGUUAAGCGUCCUGUACAUCCUCGGCUUGCCAAGAUGGCAACACCUCCGUCUCCAAAACGUGGGCGGGCCUCCGAGCUUGUCAAACUUUCAAUAGGGACCGGUUACUUCUCACGGCCAGUGUUAGAGCUGACUCGAAGGAAACACCGUAGCACGUCAUCGGCCAUCAGUCCACCCGAGGUGAACAACUGCACAGCGGCUACAAGUCCGACCGUAGUUAAUGGUAUCAGCCCGACGGAGAUAUCGAAAACCAAAAAUGAAGAUCGAAAAACUAGUAUUAGUACGUCAGCUUCUCAUGAUUUAGGUGAAGCAUCCUCGGGAUCAGUCCAUUUUGAAGAGGUGGUGGUUAUCAAACAAGAACCCCCUGGAACACCCAUCGAAGGAAGACCGGUUGAACAGCUAAUGCAAGAAGAACUACUAGCACAGAAAGAUGCGGAGAUUAAGAAGCUUCAGUGUGAAAUCUCGAGACUUCGAGAGCAGGUUGCCAGACUUGAGGAACAGGUUGCAGACAAUGAAAGCAUGAAACCCCCUCGUGAUACAUUGAGGAAUCGUUUCGAGCAGCAGCGAUCAGUGGUUAGCGGCUCGAGCGCGCGGUUGCGACAACUGGAGAGUCUAGGUAAAAAAUCCAGGAAGAGCGUCCGUCUUAAAGAUCUAACCGAAGACACCAAAAGUGGAAAAGCUCCUUUUGAAGAAGUUUUCGGAGAUCCAAUGCGUCCCAUGACUGUCAUGCCGUAUGCGCUAUACCAGCGAGUAAUUGACUUGGACGAAGAUUCCGAAUGUCGCCACGUUAGUGGUUCCAUAGAAGUCCCAAGCUGGAGAGAGAAGCCUGUAGAAUGCAUGGCUGAGGGUCGCAGAACAAGCGAUAACCCUUCUCACGAGGCAACCGGAGAUGAAGUCUACCUCAAACGUCAUCUUAAGCUGGAAACAGAUGAAAAACGCCGCAAACGAUGGGACCGUCAAUGGAUGCUGGAACAAAAAAAUUUUGAACGGGCACGGCGACGCCAGGCUCGACGGCGUUCAUCCCUUACGGCGACUCAGUUAGGAGCAGGUACCAGUUUAGGCUCUUCUCAAAAAGCCUCUUUGGGAUCUUUCCCGCGAUCUCGGAUUGGGCAAAGAGUAAAUUCUCUAUUUCCAUCAGGUUCCCGACUACAAGCGGUUGAAUUAGCAGAACAGGUGCCCGUAGUUGCCUGGGGCUGUAGUGUGCCUCAAAUUAAACACAGGGAAUUCUCGUUUAAAUAGUAUCUCCGUUUCACAAGUAGAAGGUCGAUGUUUUUACACACCAGCCAACAACAUUGCGACGGCUUGAUCCCGAUAAUUAUGAACAGGAAUGAAUCCUCCUCUAUAUUGCGCUGCAAUCCCUCGAAGGAUACUCCCAAUAGAAUCGUUAUUUCAAACGGAUAUCGGUGGACAUAUUGAAGGAAGGUGCACAAACUACUACAAACGGUUUUGCUACAAAACAAUACGCACCGUGCACGAACAUAGAGGAACUAGCCUUAGAGGAGCAGCGAUCAAAUAUCUGUUCUGGGUCAUCAUAUCGACGAACGUUGAGCUUAUAAAGAUGAUCAUUCAUAAGGUGUAUUCAUUUAUAUUAUAAUUAUUAUUUAUACAUUUAAUCAAAUGACUCUUAAAACCGGCCUUUGUUUGCUACGGGCUCUGUGAUGUUCAGCCUAUUCAGCACGGCAUUGAUAUUAAUGGCAUUAUAAUGAUAUGACACAAAUGAAAUAGUUAAACGAUACAGACCAAUAUGUGGGAAUAUUAUAUAAGGAUACAAUCAUAUACCUACGAUAAGCGUAAAGGAGGCAAUGACACUUAUAAGACUUAAAUAAACUGUUAGAAGAUUAAUUUCGAAAACGUUAAUUUACUUGUUUUAAAAAUGUUUAAUUUAAAAAUACUGCGAAUGAACAGGCGAAAAGAUUCACCUACAAGCCCGUACCAGAAUUAUACAGCUAUGUGAUUCCUUCGACUAGUGGCAAACACAACACAAAUCGUGGGUAAUUAAUACAAUUUUUUUGGUCUGGAUCGGAGUGGGACCUACUACAGUUUUAUUGUAUUUUAUACGUAUAAGCCUAAACGUAUCUAUAUCUACCACUGAAGUUACUCAACCUGUUGUAUUGCUGUGUCCUGAACUGUAUAUUGAUCGGUCUACGUUUCCAUCGGAACGUGCACAUGAUCCUAUAUAUGCUCCAUUUGUGAGUGGAAAUACUGACGAACUACGGAACUAUCAAAGUCCCCAUAUACAAAAGUGAGUGUCGUUGGUGUACCUAUUGACUGAGACACAAUAAACCAAAAUCAAACACUAUAUACACCAACAAACACACUAAGUUCUAAGAUAAAAUCAAUAAUGCGAAGCCUUUUCUUUCUCUUAUUUGUUGUCAAAUGCAAAAUUGUCGCAUUUUUAAGGAUAUUAAUACAUUUCUUAAAGCAUCUUCAUGCAAACAAACGUGAAAAACUACAACUGUUCACGUAAAUGUGUUUCGCAAAAAAGCGAUUGUAUGUGUAACCGUGCUUUGCACUAAACUGCGGUUUUUCAGUAUUAUUAAUACUUAUACGAAUGUAAUACAAUUUCGGUAAAUUUUUUUUGGGUUAUCGAAGAUUACACAAGAAAUGUAUAUGGUCAUUUAAAUUUCUAAAAGUUCUCUAGCUCAGCUAUUUGCACGAAAGUGCAUUGUAGAACACAUGAAAAGAAAUGCGGAAACAUCCGUGAACACUGCAGUAGCAGUCGCGGCCAGAUCAUGUAAACAUGUAUAUAACGAAUGCCAACAAAUGAAAGAAGAUAUACGUGACAUUGUGUACAUAGACCAAACGAGUACUCAAAUCGGUAUUAAAGAUAACAAAAAAAAUAAAGACAAAGAGUAAAGAAAAGAGA